GUUUGAAAGUUAAAAGAUUGAAAGCAAAGGGAAACCUUAGGCUUGCAUGGGCGAACAUGAGGGGUGGGCGCAGCCCUCUGGUGGUCUAUUGCCAAAUGGUCUGUUGCCUGAUGAAGCUGCCUCGGUAAUUCGAGUGCUUGACUCAGAGAGAUGGUCGAAGGCUGAAGAGAGGACUGCAGAGCUAAUUACCUGCAUUCAGCCUAAUCCACCCUCUGAAGAGCGUAGAAAUGCUGUUGCUGACUAUGUGCAGCGGCUUAUCACGAACUGCUUCCCCUGCCAGGUGUUUACCUUUGGGUCUGUGCCCCUCAAGACUUAUUUACCUGAUGGAGAUAUUGACUUAACGGCUUUCAGUAAAAAUCAAAAUUUGAAGGAUACAUGGGCACAUCAGGUUCGUGACAUGCUGGAGAGCGCGGAGAAGAAUGAGCAUGCAGAGUUCCAUGUGAAAGAGGUUCAGUACAUCCAGGCUGAAGUAGGUUCCAUUAUAACACAAUAUUUUAUCUACU